GUAGCGGCAUUGGUUUAAAGCGCACUGCGCAUGCGCCUCCUUCCUUACACUGCUCUGUGUGUGUGAAUGGGUCGCGGUGGUAGAUAAAGAACCAAAACACACACUCUGACUCUUUAAAUCCGGUUCCGUUAAAACCGAGAUCACUUCACGAACCCUUUAAACAUCCUGAAAUCACCAGACCGGAAGUGAGGGACUCUGUGGAAACCGUGUCCUGAUUCUUUACACCUCUUAUAAUGAAGCCGGAGUUCAGACGGCGCUCUUUAGGAAAAUCUCCACAGACUCCUGCUGCUACUGGCUCAAAGAUGUACCACUGUUCAGACUGUGGGGAGAGUUUUACUAAAAGUCAUCAUCUCAAAGAUCACAAGCAGAUCCACACGGGAGGGAAGCCGUAUUACUGUGGACAGUGUGGGAAGAGUUUUACUCGUCAGAGUAAUCUCCAAAUACACGAGCGCAUUCACACGGGAGAGAAGCCGUACUACUGUGGACAGUGUGGGAAGAGUUUUACUUAUCAGAGUAAUCUCCAACAGCACAAACGCAUUCACACGGGAGAGAAGCCGUAUCACUGUGGACAGUGUGGGAAGAGAUUUACUUGUCAGAGUCAUCUCCAAAUACACGAGCGCAUCCACACGGGAGAGAAGCCGUAUCACUGCUCACAGUGUGGGAAGAGUUUUACUUGUCAGACCAAUCUGCAAAUACAUGAGCCCAUUCACACAGGACAGAAGCCGUAUUACUGUGGACAGUGUGGGAAGAGUUUCACUUAUCAGAGUAAUCUCCAACAACACGAGCUCAUUCACACAGGACAGAAACCGUAUCACUGUGGACAGUGUGGGAAGAGUUUUACUCAGCAGAGUCAUCUCCAUCGACACCAGCGCAUUCACACAGGAGAGAAGCCGUAUCACUGCUCGCAGUGUGGGAAAUAUUUCACUCGUCAGAGUUCUCUCCAAAGACACCAGCGCAUUCACACAGGAGAGAAGCCGUAUCAUUGUGGACAGUGUGGGAAAAGUUUCACUUGUCAGAGUGCUCUCCAACGACACCAGCGCAUCCACACAGGACAGAAGCCGUAUCACUGUGAACAGUGUAGUAAGAGUUUUACGUGUCAGAGUCAUCUCCAAAUACACCAGCGCAUUCACACGGGAGAGAAGCUGUAUCAAUGCGGACAGUGUGGGAAGAAUUUUACUUGUCAGAGUGCUCUCCAAAUACACGAGCGGAUCCAUACAGGACAGAAACCGUAUCACUGUGGCCAGUGUGGGAAGAGUUUUGCUCGUCAGAGUACUCUCCAACAGCACGAGCGCAUUCACACAGGACAGAAGCCGUAUCACUGUGGACAAUGUGGGAAGAGUUUUACCCAACUGUGUACUCUCCAACAACAUGAGCGCAUUCACACAGGAGAAAAACCAUAUGAAUGCUCCCAGUGUGGGAAGAGUUUUAUUCGUCAGAGUCAUCUCCAACAGCAUGAGCGCAUCCACACAGGAGAGAAGCCGUAUCACUGUGGACAGUGUGGAAAGAGUUUUACUCGUCAGAGUGCUCUCCAACGACACCACCGCAUUCACCAACGUUUUCGUGACCAGAGGGCCCUCCACAGCCACCAGCAGAGUGAGGACACUCUUACCCCUGCAGACAAUGUGGGUGGAGCUAUACUUGUUCAAGUUCGUUAAGUCCUCGAACAUAAUGCCAUCAGAUCUUGACUGUGAUCUGUGAAUUUGUCCAAUUAAGAUACAUGUUUUUCAUUUUCAUUUUUUAAAGGGAGGUAAGGAGACAUUCAGGCAAAAAAAAAACAAAAAACUGUAUUAUAUAUAAUAGACACCUUUCCAAGCCAGCAGAACAUAGUUGUGUUUGCAGGAAAUUUGAAGAGAUAAUUCUUGUCCAAGUUGCUCCGUUUUUGCAGCGCCCAUUUAACUACACUUUAUGGCCAAAAGUAAUGGGAUGCCUGAUCACCCCACCCAUAUAUGCCUCUUGAACAUCCUCUGAUGGAACGGAAUCCAAUCCAUGGUCCCUUGAGCCCAAUGUUCCUGGUGUAGUUUUCAGAUUUACUGCAACUCUGACCCGGAUAAAACAGUUACACAGUAAGAUCAAUGAAUGGUGGAUAUACAGUGAAUGGAGCUGUGAGAGAUCACACUACCACUUGAGAGAGUGCAUUACAUUAUAUUAUUACUUUAGUAAAUCACAUGUUUAAUAAUGCAUGCUUAAUAAGUUUAUACUUUCCUUAUUACUCAAUAAAAACUCUCCAUAAUGCAAAUCAUAAAUGGAGUUUCUCAUAGUUGUGUAAUUUCCUUUUACAAAUGUGAAAUAUUACAUUCAUAAAUCUUCAGAUGCUUUGCUUUCACACACAGAU